AUCUCAUAUUCAACCCUCAUCUUCCACCUGCUAAUUUCACAUGGCUCUCAUGUCCAAGGAGUUAGACGUUAACCCAUCGGAAGUUGAAUUCCUCGAAACGCUAAAGGAAAGCAAAUACUCCGUAGUGUUCAAAGUGCGCUUCCGUGAAAAGCUAUGCGUCAUGAAAGUGUACCAUGAUCGAGAACCAAACGAACUUGACCCUCCCGACCGCAUAGUCAACCUCUUCAUCUCCGAAUCCACCGCCUACCACCGACUAGAAUCCAAAGGCUUAUGCCAGAGAGGCGUUAUCCCAAACUUCUACGGGACGAUCAGAAAAGUCCAACCGGCUGAUUGGCCAGAUCUCCACAUGUUCCUUAACGACAAACUACCGCCCAAUGCUGUCCUAAUUGAGUAUAUUCCACACCUGCAGCAAAUUGACCUAUCCAACUACUCACCACAGCGCCUGGCUAAACUCCGUGAGAUUCUCGACGAUAUACACGCGGCGGGGGUUCUUCAUGCUGAUCCAAAGCCGCGUAACAUGAUGGUUUCCGUAGUAGAGGAGGAGGAAAGGGUAGUCUGGAUCGACUUUGACUCUGCACAGACAUUCACAGAGUUCGUUGAUCUCUCGCCAAGACAACAAAGAUGGUUCGAUAAGGAGAAUGAGAUGAUGGAUUAUUUUGUUGAUGCGUUGGCGAAGGAUUUCGAUGGAGGAAAGCUGAAUCACACGAUUUCGUACUAUUAUGAAUGGUACGUGUAGAUGGAAAAAAUGUUUACUUUGGUUACGUAGUAAAAGACGUUGUUGCUCUGAAUUGGUAACUUCGAAGUAUACCCUAGGAGUUACUGGUAGCGUUGAACGGUUGGUCCUUUAGUGCUGUGUUUAUCUUCUUUCAGUGGAACCUAAGCGUCGGAGAUUUUGUUUAAAAGGGCGGUGCAAUAAGUGAUGGAAGCCAUCUAUUACUACUGGCCUUGCGAUAUGCCUUUACUUCUGCAGCACGCAAUAUUCUACGAAAACAACAAACCGGCAAGAUGAGG